AUGUUAAUGAAAAUAUUUAUUUAUUUUACAGCUGAUCAAAUUUAUUUCUCACUUUCUCAAUUAAAUAAUUAUUUCAAUUUAAUUCUCAAAUCAUUACCGAAAUUAAAUCUUGUGAUACACGAACAUUUAGAUCCUUCUGUUCUCUCUUUUUUUGAUUCAUUUAACAAAAUUCUCGUCAAAUUUUAUGGUUCACACCUUGAAGAUUGUGAUUGUCAAUCUCCUUUGAUAAAUGGUGGUAAUCGUUUGUAUGAAAUUUACUGGAUAAUAGAUUUUGACUGGUAUCAAGACUUUUAUGAAGAACGAUCUCCUUAUCCUCCCAGUAAAAUCGAAAAUAUUAUUCAUCCUGAUAAUUAUUCUCGAUUACAAUCAUUAGUUUUGUCAAAUGCUUCAUCUAAAUUGAUACAAUUAAUAUUUCACGGUGAAUUUCCUCGUUUAAAAGUCUGUCAUCUUGAUAGAUGUGAAUCAAUUAUUUUUCCAUGCUCGAUGACAAUACAAUUACAAAAUCUUCGUCAAUUAACAAUACGAGGACAACAAGGUCAUGUAUUAGAAAAGAUAUUAUUGAUCAAUGUCGCAUUAAAUGGUGAUCAGUUUGGUGAUGAAAAUAUAAUCGUUGACGAUUCACCAUUUAAAUCUACAUCAAUUUAUGUAAAUUCAGAAGGAGCAUCUGUAGAUCUACUUCAGUUAUAUGGUGCUCAAACUCAUAUGGGUCGUUAUGUUGCACUUGUAAUGGAUAAGUUAUUUACGUUAGAAGAAAUAACAACCAUUACUAAAGAUGAACUGUCACUUCUUAAAUAUGGUUCUAUUUAG